CUUUUCGUCGUAUCCAUUUUUCUUGACGUCACUCGUUUUCGCAAAAUAUUAAUCUUCAAUUUAAAUCCUAUAUAUAAAUAAUUAAAUAAACUAAAAAAAGUUUUAACUCUGCGCACUAAGACGAUGGGAAGCAACGAUAGAGCCUCCAGAUCGCCACGUUCGGAUGACCAGCGCGAUAUCGGCGAAAUGCCAGCCACAAAGCGUUCGCGCUCAGACUCGGGCAAGUCGGCGGAUACGAAAAUUCCCUACCUUUCGCAGCCAUUGUACGAUCUGAAACAGACUGGUGAUGUUAAAUUUGGACCUGGCACACGAUCCGCUCUGUUGGGAUUACUGGGAGGUGCUCUGCCCAAGCUGACAUCGGAGCAACAUGAUCUGGUUAGCAAGGCCAAAAAGUAUGCCAUGGAGCAGAGUAUUAAAAUGGUUUUGAUGAAGCAAACACUCGCCCAUCAGCAACAACAAUUGGCCACCCAACGCACCCAGGUGCAAAGACAACAGGCUCUAGCUUUGAUGUGCAGAGUCUACGUGGGCAGCAUUUCUUUCGAGCUCAAGGAGGACACAAUUCGCGCCGCCUUUACACCCUUUGGACCCAUAAAAUCCAUUAACAUGUCCUGGGACCCCAUUACACAAAAGCACAAAGGCUUUGCAUUUGUUGAGUAUGAAAUACCAGAAGGAGCGCAAUUGGCACUGGAGCAAAUGAAUGGCGCCCUGAUGGGUGGCCGAAACAUCAAAGUGGGUCGGCCAAGCAACAUGCCACAGGCACAACAGGUUAUCGAUGAGGUACAAGAGGAGGCCAAAAGUUUCAACCGCAUAUAUGUGGCAUCUAUACAUCCAGAUCUUUCGGAGGAUGACAUUAAAAGCGUAUUUGAGGCAUUUGGACCUAUUCUCUAUUGUAAGCUAGCUCAAGGCACAUCUGUGCACACGCACAAGGGCUACGGUUUUAUCGAGUAUGCUAACAAACAGGCCAUGGACGAGGCCAUUGCUAGCAUGAAUCUCUUCGAUUUGGGUGGCCAGUUGCUGCGCGUUGGUCGAUCGAUUACGCCGCCAAAUGUUUUGUCCUGCCCUGCUACAAAUUCAACAAUGCCAACGGCUGCAGCUGUUGCUGCGGCAGCUGCCACAGCUAAGAUUCAAGCUCUGGAUGCUGUCGCUAGCAAUGCAGUCCUGGGUUUGGCGCAAAACACACCCGGCUUAGGGAUUGCGGCCAAGGUGAAUGCCAUGCCCGUUGUUAGUGCAGUUACCUCGGCUGCAGCUCUGCAUCCAGCGCUGGCGGUGCCUACGGCGCCAGCCGCCGCUUUGUUGCCUCCAGGCAUGUACCAGGCGCCUGGCUUGGGUGGUCCCAGUUUGUUAGGGGUGCCAACUGGCCUGCCCACGCUUCAGAGUGUGGCACCGACACUACCGCCUCCAGCGUUGCUUGCGACGCCGCCAUCAGCUGUUGCUUUAGCAGCCGCUGCAGCGGCAGUGCCCGCUGCGGUUUCAGCUGUGCCGCUUGGAAUCGUAGAGGCAAGCAACGGAACGCCAGUGGUUUUGUCAGCAGCCGCCAACAAUGCUGCGGCCACUGCAGCAAAUCUGUCCGAGAAUAUUAAGAAGGCACAGGAAAAGCAACAGGAGGAGCUACAAAAGAAGCUGAUGGACGAGGGCGAUGUGCAGACGCUUCAGCAGCAAGAGAAUAUGUCCAUCAAGGGACAAAGUGCACGUCAGCUGGUGAUGCAAAGGCUAAUGCGGCCACAGGACUCGCGUGUCAUCAUCUUGCGAAAUAUGGUCGGACCCGAUGAUGUGGAUGAGACUUUACAGGAGGAGAUCCAAGAAGAGUGCAGCAAAUUUGGCACAGUUAGUCGUGUUAUCAUCUUCAACGAAAAGCAAACGGAAAACGAGGACGAUGACGAGGCAGAAAUUAUUGUGAAAAUCUUUGUGGAAUUCUCAGCAGGGGUUGAAGCUGUGCGUGGCAAGGAUGCCCUCCAUGGGCGUUUCUUUGGAGGACGUCGAGUGGUGGCCGAGCUAUAUGAUCAGGCGCUUUUCGAUCAGGGUGAUCUUUCCGGUUAGGAUGAGGAAAAUAAAACAGCGAAUGUAUCUUUAGUCUUAACAGAUUCGGACAUUUCUCUGGCAGCAAUAGCCUCUUUUUUACUUAUUCUAGAACUCAAAAGAACACUUAUUUAUUACUUGGCGAAGAAGGAGGUUGUACAUUUUUUGAGCAGCAGCUAUGGUUCAACACACAGUAUCUAUUAUAA